AUGUGGAUUAAAAAAUUUAAAACAGAAAAAGAAAAAGAAAAAGAAAAAGAAAAACCCUUAACAAAUAAUAACGAAAAUAAUAAUUUUGAUCAAGAAGUAGAUUAUACAGAUAGGGAAGAUGAUGUGUCAUAUGAACAUGAACAUGUCGAAAAUGGUGAAAGUAUAAAUGGUGAAAGCGUAAAUGGUGCAAGCAUAAAUGGUGAUGAUAAUCAUGUUGAAAAGGGCGAAAAUGACGAAAAUGACGAAGCGAACGAGAUUGAUCAGAAUGACGUUAAUGAAAAAAUCCAAAGCAUAAUAAAUGAUCUCUCAUCAGACGAAGAAGAAGGGGAAGUUGUUGAAGACGAAAUUCCUUAUGAACGUGUUCAGGAAAAAAAUGAACAAAGUAAAGAAAUAAUUUUAUUAAAUUAUUAUUCUGAAAUAUCCGAAAAUAAAUUAAAUACAUUAUUAAAUAUUUUCGGAAAUGUCAAAAAUAUUUAUACAGAUGAUAAUGAAUGUACUCAUAUAAUUUUUCAUUCAAUAAAAAGUGCAAUAAAUGCAAAAAAAUAUAUUGAUAAUUUAAAAAUAAAAAGCCGAAGAAUACAAGUUAUAUAUGGAACAUAUAAAGAUAAUUUGAUCGACACAAAUAAAUCUUCUAACAUUUUAGAACAAACAGGAGAUACAAUUAAUUUAAAUGAAAAUGAUGAAAUAAAUAAAAUAGGUUACGAUUAUAUGAAUGAUAAAUAUUCAAAAGUUCCAGUCAAAUUAUAUAAAAAUAAAAAUUUUUAUUCUACUACUAUUUCUAAUCAAGGUCAGAAACAAAACAAAUAUUCUAUAUACAAAAAUUAUAUUAAUGAAAAUCAAAUUCAUAUAAAAAAUAAUUCUUAUAUUAGAGAUGACAAUUUUUCAUCACCUGAUAAAAAUAUUUUACUUCCUAACUCAAAAAAUUAUGUUCAUAUGAAUAAUAAUCGAUCUAGAAAUAAUUAUGACCAAUGUUCAUAUAAUAGUAGUAUAAAUUCUGAACAUGUUAAUAAAAUUAAUAAUAAAGGAGAUGUAUAUCCACCUCCUCCUCCUCCUCCUUCUUUUUUUGCAUACACUGAUAAUACACAAAAUAUAAAUAAUUCAAAUUAUACUCUUUAUAAUUCUAAUAAUAAAAUAAAUAAAAAUUAUGAUUCAUUUCAAACACAUCCAAUUUAUAUGAAUAAAGAAAAUGCAUCUAACAUAAAUGAUAACCAAACUGAUGAUAACUAUUCUAACAAUAUAUGGUCAAAUAAAUAUAAAACAGAUUUAAAACCAAAUAAUAAAUAUGAAUUAAUAGGAAAAGGGUUAUAUAAUAAAAUUAUUCCACCUCCUCCUUAUUUAAAUAAAGAUGAUAAAAAAAAAAUUUAUAAAAAUAACUUAAACACACCAAAUAAAAAAAUAACAAAUAAAGAAAAAUUCACACAUAUAGAUAAUUCUAUUUAUGGUCAUAAUUAUUCUCAUUUAGAUUAUGAUAUCCAAAAUAGUGGUCAUUUAAAUAAUAAUUUUUUUCAAAAAUAUAAACAAGAUAAUUAUAUGGAUUCAGAAAAUAACAGAAAAAAAAUGUAUUCAUGGAAAAAUAAUUUAAGUGAGCUUAAAUUUGAUGACGAAAUAGAUGAGGAUGAUCAAUUUGAUGAAACAAAUCCAUUUAACAUAAAUUCUGAAAAUAUUAUGACUGAUAAUCCAACUUGGCUUGUUAGAAAAAAUACACCUGUUAUGAAAUGGGAUCAAUCUGCAUCUAUAAAAGAUAAUCAUAUAAAUUAUGUUAAUUCAUUUAUAAAUGGAAAAAUAUAUAACAGAUAUUUAUUAAUAACUAACAUCCCACAUAAUCUAAAUGAAAAUAACAAAUUGAAAAAUUAUAUUAACGAAUUGGUUUCAAUCGAUAAUAACAAUGAUCCUUGUAUAGAAGUUUUAAUAUUCAGCUCCGAUCAGGAUACCGAACAAAUUCUUUUCAAAAAAAGUGACAAAGAAAACAUUUCGGAAUCGCCUGCAUGUGGUGGCUCCGAGCGCGUUGCCGUCAAAGAAGUAGAACCCGUCGAGGGUAAAGAAGUAGAACCCGCUGAGGAUAAAGAAGCAGAACCCGCUGAGGAUAAAGAAGCAGAACCCGCUGAGGAUAAAGAAGUAGAACCCGCUGAGGAUAAAGAAGCAGAACCCGCAAACGGGGGACCGACGCGAGGACACAAGAACCCUGAGGAUAGCGACCACUUCGAAAAUGAACCAAAUAAAAGCGAAUGCAAUAAAAGUGAAAGCCAGUUGUUUGCGCAUCUGACUUUCAAAACGAUAAAAAACGCAGUAGAUGCAAAAAAGGAAUUAGAAGAAAAAUUAUUUAAAGUUACAUUUUCAUCACCAAAUAAAGCAAACAAUUGUCUAUGGAUUGGAAAUGUUAUGAAGAAUCAUUAUAUGCAUACAUUUUCUAUAUUAAAAAGAAUGCUUAAAAAAUUUGGAGAUAUUAUAAAUAUCAAAUUUAUAAUUGAAAAAAAUUGUUUAUUUAUACAAUAUAAAGAAAUUGAAUUUGCAAUAAAAGCUAGAAACCAUUUAUAUGGUAUACAGUUAUCAAAUAAUAUAUUUUUAAAUAUAGAUUUUUCUACUUUAGGAGAAUGGGAAGGGAAACAAAAAGCUAGUUUUGCACGAAAAAAAUUAUUAGAUUUAUUAUUAUAUGAUAAUAAUUUUUUAGAAUCUAAAUUAGAAAAAAAAUAUAAUGAAAAAAAUACAAGUCUUUUUUUUGAUUCAAAAAUUAUGAAAAUAUUAAAAAAAAAUAUGACACAAACCAAUACAAUUUCUAUAGAUAGAAACAAAAUGUUUAAAAAUAAUGCUACAUCUAAAAAUAAAAUGGAUAAAUUUUACAGAGAGAAAACGGGAAAAUAUACUACAUCUAAUAGACUCUUAGAUAAAAAAAAUAAUAUAUCAUAUAAAAAACAUAUGGUAAAUAAUAAAAGAAACAAUAUAUAUGAUAAAAAUAUAAAAAGAGAUGGAGGAAAAUUAUAUAAAAGGAAAAUUGAGGAUUAUGAAAAAAAUAGUAAUGAACGUCAUACUCGUAAAAAAAAACGAGACGAAAAAUAUGACGAAAAGGAUGACGAAAAGGAUGACGAAAAAUAUGACGAAAAUUUAAACACUCUUUAUAAAAAAAAAAAUAAAAAAAAUAAUUCAGAAUCUGAACAAGCACAAAAUAACAUCCCAUUUAAUUCUGAACAUGUUCAGGACUCUGAUCAAAAAGUAAUAUCAUUUUAUAUUAACCAAAAAUACAAAUGUGAUUUUAACGUCACACUUUUCAAAGGAAACCCCAAACUGGCCAUAUAUUCCAAGCUUAAUGUGGAAACAAAAAGUGACAUAAAAAAUUUGAAGCAUAUCCAAGCAACAAGCUCUGAUUUUGCAAUCUGGAAAAUUCAUCCAACUGAAACGCAUAAGAAAAAGUUUUACCAUAUUUGUGAUCAUUUUAAUAAAAAAAAAAACAUUCCUGUGAUUUUGACUAAAGAACGUAUGGUUUUCAUUGUCCCUCCAAAAGAUGAAUAUUUAGCAGAUCUUGGGAUCGAAAGCCUAGAUGGUAUGUUUGCAUAUGUAUUUGAAACUAAGAAAUCGUGA